AUGUCGGAAUUGCUGCUUAAUUCUUUUCCCUAUUUCCCUGCGUGUAAGCUAGAUAAAGCAAAAGCAUCAUUAGUUCGCUUAAGAGAUAGAUCUGCAGAUGAAAUAGAUAAAGAAGUUAAGCAAAUACAGGCAGAUGUGGAAGCAGCCAAGGAUGGCUCAUAUCGUGAGCUUUUAUGCAGUGGUACCCAAAAAUUGCCAUUGUUUUUGGGAAUAGGAUUGGCCGUCUUCUUUCAAUUAUCAGGAGUCACCGCCGUUCUAAUUUACGCCGAAUCCUUGUUCGAGCAAACGGCAUCAAGUCUUUCGCCAGAUGUCAUGGCCAUGAUAAUGGGAGCGAUUCAAACAUUUGCUGCACUCAUUACUCCUUUUAUUUUUGAUAGAUGCGGCAGAAAGUCUUUGUUAAUAUUUUCAGGCGCCGGGAUGACCAUCGCAAUGGGAACCUUUGGUGCGUAUUUUUAUAUAAUUGAAAAUAAUUUGAUGAAUGCUGAUUCUUUGACUUCGAUACCAAUGGGAUGUAUAGCUGCUUUUAUUUUUACAAAUUCUAUUGGUUUCGGUGGUGCUAUAUGGGUGGUUAUAAGCGAAAUCUUUCCUGGACAUCUCCGAGCUCAUGCAUCCGCUAUCUGCACGUCCAUCUGUUUCGUCACCGCCUUUGUGAUCGCUCUCACUUUUGAUGACUUGCAAGCCCUCUUGAAAAAUUCAGGAACUUUUGGACUAUAUGCAUUUUUCUGCGCUCUUUCCGUCAUAUUUGUGGCAGUUUUCUUACCGGAGACCAGAGGUUUGUCGUUUGAAGAAAUUCAAAAGAAGCUUAAAACAAAAUUCAAGUCGAACGUUGUUGAUGUUGGACACGACAAUCCUGCCAUGGAGCGACAUUAGAAAAUAUAUUAAAAUAAUUUAGAUAUAUUAUUUAAUUACUUUUUUAAUUUUCUUGUUAAUACACUAUGUUCUGUAGA